AUGAGCAACCACACCAACAAUCGGGGAUUGUCACCCACAACCUCCUCCAGCAGAUUCAUCUCGGACGAGUCAUCAACGACGACAAAGCACGAUUAUAGGAAAUCGAAAUAUCACGAUAAGCCAAUACGAUAUUACGUUGUUCUUGUGUUUCGCAUCUUGGCCUAUGAUCUUAUUCUUGGGUUUUUCGAUUUGAUCAUCCAUACCUUUUUCCGUGAUGUCCAGACUCGAGGAAGCUUCAAUAUCCCACGACGUGGACCCGUGAUAUUUGUCGUUGCGCCGCAUCAUAACCAGUUUGUCGAUGGGUUAGUAGUAAUGACCAAGGUCAAGCAGCAUCUGAAUCGAAGAAUUGCGUUUUUGAUAGCUCAGAAAUCGUAUGAUCGGUUUUUUAUUGGUCAUGGUGCGAAAUUGUGCAGUGCUAUACCUGUUCGAAGAGCCCAGGACUUGUUGAAGAAAGGUACUGGUAUCAUAUUUGGUGAUGAACUGGGAGACGAAAGAGUCAUCAGAGGAAAAGGCACUAAAUUCACAUCGGAGUGCGAAGCCAAGGGGUUGAUUGGAUUGCCCAAUUCAUUGGGUAAUUGUCAAAUUUUAGAAAUUGUCAACGAUGAAAAAAUUAUCUUAAAGAAACCAUUUUCUUCACCGAGGCAAGAAAUCCAAGCACGGAUUCAAGACAAGUUGCAGCACGGAACACGUUUUAAAAUCGCUCCUCAUAUCGAUAACCAUGUCGUGUUUCAAAACGUGUUUGAUCAUUUAAACGACGGCAAAGUGUUGGGGAUUUUCCCCGAAGGCGGCUCGCACGAUCGUCCCGAUUUGUUGCCUUUGAAACCCGGUGUGGCCAUCAUGGCUCUUGGAGCUGUGGCUCAACAGAUGAAGGAGCGCGACGAGGAAAUAGCAAAUGGCGAACCUGUGCCUGAAGCAGUUACUCCAGUGGCGAUUGUACCUGUGGGGUUGAAUUAUUUCCACCCGCACAAGUUUAGAUCGCGGGUAGUUAUCGAGUUUGGCAAGCCCAUAGUUGUCGAUGAAAAAAUGGCUCACCGAUACAAGGAUGGCAGUCGAGACGCCGUUGACCAUUUGCUUCGAAUUGUGAGUUUUGGGUUGAGAGAAGUCACUAUGACCUGCAAUGACUAUGAGACUUUGAUGGUUUUGCAAGCAGCUAGACGGCUCUAUACCUCGGGCAACAGGCAGAACAUCCCCUUACCCAUGGUGAUUGAGAUGAACAGACGACUCAUCAAGGGUUAUGAGAAUCACAAGGACAAGCCGGAUGUGAAGGAGUUGAAGGAGGCGGUUUUGGAAUAUAACAAGAAAUUGAGAAGCUUGGAUCUUCGUGAUCAUCAAGUUGAAUCGUUGGUGACCUCGGACCGACUCCACACGGUGGUGACUUUUCUUAGCCGGUUUUUCAAGUUUUGCCUAUUUAUGGGGUUGAGUACUCCGGGGAUUGUUAUGUUUAGUCCCAUCUUUAUCAUCUCAUCCAAGAUCUCCAAAAAGAAGGCUCGCGAAGCAUUGGCUGCGUCAACAGUCAAGAUUAAGGCCAAGGAUGUGUUGAGCACUUGGAAAAUCCUCGUUGCCUUGGGAUUGGCUCCCAUGCUAUACAUUUUUUGGUCUGUGAUUGGAGUAGUUGUCAUUGUCAAGACGCAAAUUCUUGGCACGUGGCAGCCUCCCAUUUGGAUAAUGUUUGUUGUUUUCUACUUGUGGGCCGUAUUGACGACUUAUGCUUCUUUGAGGAUGGGCGAGAUUGGAGUAGAUUAUUACAAGUCGCUCAAGCCGUUGUUCAUUUCAAUGAUUAGUAUCAGCAGUGAUCAUCUUCAAAUUGAGGAGUUGAAAAAGACGCGACGCGAGUUGAAAGCUCGCGUGCACUCGUUUUGUGAUCACUAUGGACCGGGGAUAUUUGAGGAUUAUGACCAGUUCUACCGUCAAUAUAACGAAGGUGAAGAAGACGAUUUUUAUGAGAAGGAAAUGGCUGCCGCUGCCAAGUCUCCACAACAGCAAAGAUUACUUGAUUUGCAGAGAAGCACGAGUGCAAGCUCGCUUGAUUUCAAUAUACAGAAUCUAGCCGAUAUUCCGAUUUUCGCCUCGGCAGAUUUGGAACAGGCCAAUGACGUGAAUUUGACAAAGAGUGAAGAUGAAAUGGCCAAAGAAGAAGAAGAAGAGGAGGAGGAACAACAGAGAAAACAAACGGAGGCUAGUGGUGAAGUCGAACAAGUUGAUGGUAAAUCUGGCCCGGUUACUUCCCAAGACGGACCCAAGAUGAGACGAAGGAAAGAAAUGCAGGAGGAGUAUGAAAAUGUACAUGGUGAAGCAUGA